GCGGUGGGUGCCGGGAGGAAGGAGGCAGGAAUCAGGGAGAACAAAGAACAAGAUCUUCAGACGCUGGGCGAGCAGCUGCUGCUCCCCCCCCCGGGGUCCGUGCUGGGGGGGGGGGGGAAAAUCCCCUCAUUAACCCCUCCCUGCCCGGCCGGGGACUUUCUCCCGCUGGGACCAGCCCGGAGCCAGAGGCUGCAGGGGCCAGUGACCUUCGAGGCGGUGGCUGUGUAUUUCACCAGGGAAGAGGGGGCUCUGCUGGACCCCGCUCAGAGAGCCCUCUGCAGAGACGUCAUGCAGGAGACCUGUGAGAACGUGACCUCGCUGGGUGAGGGGACGGUGAGUAAGAACAAGGAGCAGAAACCCCAGCAUGAAGACGCUGAGCAAGUGGAACCAAAUGGGGUAUUAUCACAAAGAUCCAAAGGGAAAGUAUUCAGGAGGAAUGAGCAGCGAAAAGCCUGUCAGAGUCAGGAGACGCCGGAGAGCGAACGGGGAAACCAGAAAGGGGAGAAUGUACGUAAACCCAUGAAUGGGUGGGGAACUCAGAAGGACCUCAAAGAAACAGUAGCCCAGCAGAAAAUACUCACAGAAAAGAGAAAAAAUACAUGCACUGAGUGCGGGAAACAUUUCAGUUACCACUCAGGCCUUGUUAGACAUGAGAUAAUUCACAUGAAAGAGAGACCCUAUGAAUGCAGUGAAUGUGGGAAAAGUUUCACUCAGAGCUUAAAACUUAUUACGCAUCAGAGAAUUCACACAGGGGAGAGACCCUAUGAAUGCUGCGAGUGCGGGAAACGCUUCACUCGGAGAUCAAACCUUUUUACGCAUCAGAGAAUCCACACAGGAGAGAGACCCUAUGAAUGCCGUGAGUGUGGGACAAACUUCACUGACAGUUCAGCCCUUCUUAAACAUCAAAGGAUCCACGUGGGAGAGAGACCCUAUGAAUGCUGUGAGUGCGGGAAAAGCUUCACUCAGCAAGCAAGCCUUCUUACACAUCAGAGAAUCCAUACAGGGGAGAGACCCUAUGCAUGCUCUGAGUGCAGGAAAAGUUUUACUAGGCGCUCAAACCUUAUUACGCAUCAGAGAAUCCACACAGGGGAGAGACCCUACGAAUGCAGUGAGUGUGGGAAAAACUUCACUGACAGCUCAGCCCUUCUUAAACAUCAGAGAAUCCACACAGGAGAGAGACCCUACGUAUGCUGUGAGUGCGGGAAAAGCUUCACGCGGAGCUCAAACCUUAUUACUCAUCAGAGAAUACAUACAGGGGAGAGACCCUAUGAAUGUUGUGAGUGUGGGACAAACUUCAUUGACAGCUCAGCCCUUCUUAAACAUCAGAGAAUCCACACAGGAGAGAGACCUUAUGAAUGCUAUGAGUGUGGGAAAACCUUCACUCAGAGCUCAAAACUGGUCACACAUCAGAGAACCCACACAGGGGAGAGACCCUAUGAAUGCUGUGAGUGCGGGAAAACCUUUAUUCAGAGCUCAGACCUUAUUAGACAUGAGAGAAUCCACACAGGGGAGAGACCUUAUGAAUGCUGUGAGUGCGGGAAAAGCUUCACUCAAAUCUCAAGCCUUAUUACACACCAGAGAAUCCAUGUGGGAGAGAGACCCUAUGAAUGCUGCGAGUGUGGGAAAAGCUUCACUCAGAGCUCAUACCUUAUUAGACAUCAAAGAACCCAUAAAGGAGAGCAUUUAUGAAUGCUGUGGGUGUGGGAAUGGCUUUACUCAGGGUUCAGCCCUUUUUUAUCAUAAGAAAGUCCUCACCAGAGAGAGAUCCUCGCAGUGCUGUGAGUGCGGGAAAAGAUUCACACAGAGCUCAGACCUUACUACGCAUCAGAGAAUCCACAUAU